AUGACCCAAUAAUUUUUUUUUAUAAAAUCAUUAAAAAAAAUUGUUAACCCUAUAACAAUAAAUCAAUAACAUUUUUAUCGGUUUGAUUUUUGUAAGCCCAUAACUUAAAUUGCAAUUUCCUACCCCGUUAAUUAUAAUAAGAAGCAUAUUUGUGCAUGUGAGUCUCCUCAAAAUCUGAAUCGAAAUACUAAUCGUACACUACUAUGAAACACUAACUGGAAAAAAAUAAUUUCAUAUUUUUUUAACGCACACCAAAAAAUAUAAAUUUUUAGAUAAUAACUUACUUGAUCGACGAAAAUUCAACCUUUCACUACUUUGGAGUAGAGGAAAACUGAGAAAUAUAAUUUUUUUAGAGAGAAAUCAGAUAAUUAAGGGUAGAAGUGAGUUAUUUUUUAAUAUAGGAUAAAUAUAAGGGAACUGGAUGGUAUUUAUCCACAUAGAAAGCUACAUCAACACUUUUUUCCACGUGUACUCACGUGGUGUACAUGCACUGGACAGUCAGAAAAAAAGGCCUUGCAACUUACUAAAACAACAAGUUCGUGGUACUUAGGACAAGUCAAGUUUAGGUAUACUAUGAAAAAAAUUCGUCAAGUUCAGGGGUAAUGUAUACUUCUCUCUUUAAUAUACAGUUAGUUAAAUUAGGUCCAGGGGUGUGCCUCCUGUUAAUCUUCCACCUUCUGUUCGAAUAAUGUAUCACAGUUUGCUUUCGAAAGCUAUCAUGUUGGAACAUAUCCGAGCGCUCUUGGUACAUGCAGUCCCAAUAGUGCAAAGAAAUAUACCUAUUAUGUUGUGAAAGAUGGACCAUUUAGCACUAGUGCUGGGAGGAACAUUUUAAGUAAUCAGAGUCCACUUAAAAUUAUUUUAGUGAGAUAAAAAAAAUCACUUUUCAAAUUCAGUUCAAGAUUCAUACAUAAUUGAUCAUCAAGAAUUUUCUCAUUUCUCCUUUCCAACUGCAUUGUUUUGUUCUUAAAGCGUCAAACUCCAUUAGCAAGAAAUUAAUACUUUAGCACAAUUUAGCAUAUUUUGCUUAGCGUAUACUAUAACUAUAUAAGUAAUCAGUAUCUAUAGGACAAUAAUAAGAUUGUUACAGAUCGAGGAAAAGGCGAGUCAAGUCUAAAAAUGCAUCCUUUGUCCAUUUUAUGGGAACAUCACCUACUUGAUAACCAAGCAAAAAUAGCUAUUUCUCACAAUCCUGUGUUUCAUGAAAAAUUUAAGAGCUUAGAUAUCAAGUUUUUCUUCCUGAGAGAAGUUCAAAAAGAUGGAGAUGUGAUUCUUGUCUACUACAAGACGGAAGAACAAUGGGCUGAUAUAUUCGCUAAGCCUUACCAGUCAACAAAUUCGAGCUUCUCAGACAGAAAAUUGGAGUUUGCAUUUCAUAAAGCAAGGAGGAGUGUUGAGAGUUGCUUCAGCAAUGCACGUCUUUCUUUGCUUUUAUUCUCUCCAAUUUUUUUACGUAUUAAUGAGACAUGGCUUUUACAAGAAAAUAAUCAACCUCUCUGCAUAUUCUCUUUUACAAACUUCGUCUCUGCUUAGUCGGUUAGCUUUUGAAUUGAAUUUCUAUGUUAUUUCCCUUUAACGAUUUUAAACCAACACCAUAUAGUAUGUAUAUAUCAGAUAUGUCCAUACACGGUACUGUAUACACGUCCGUAUCAUAUACGUCCGUGAUCUUCUUUCCUUUUGCUACUAUAGGGAGUGAUGUUCUUUCCCAGGUUUUGCUCCAGUCAGGCUGUUGUUGGAAUUUGCUUUUCUUUGCGAGAUUUUCUUGGAAGUCUUGCAUUGAUUCCAUAUCAUUGAUAUUGUUCCAAGUUUAGUGUCGGGCAUCUUGUUAUUGAAUGUUUGUUUCAUUUAGCAAGAUAUUCUUGGAUAUCUUUAGUUGAUUCCCCAGAAAUUCUGCAUCUUUGGUGUAUCUUCAAUAUCUUCUUCUUCCAUCAUUAGAGAUCUUCAAUAUCUUGCAAAUGUUUACUCAUUAUUUUGUCAUUAUUAAAAUAUAGAACAUAAGUAUAGGAGGCUAACAUGAAUAUCUCGCUCUUUUUAAGGAGAUUCAAGUUCAAUGUGGCAUAAUCUACACUGAUCCAGCAGUGUCUCUCUUAGACUUUUUCCCUCUAGGAUACAAUACCACAACAACGUCGUAUAACUCAAAUAACUCCAGAUUAGUUGAAGAAUCCAGCGCUACACCAAAAGAACACCUUGAUUCUAACAUAUAAUUAGUCUAUUUUUUUCUUUAUCUCUACUCUCUCUUUCACAGUUUCACUACACUACUCUCUAAUAUGAACACAAUAUAAUACUUCUCAUCUAUUACAACAUAAAGAAUAAAACACCCGCUAGUUAUGUAGGUGUAGGAUUUCUUCCACAAAUACAUGUCAAGAAGGUGGAUAGUCAUUUGAGGAGCAGUGGGACAAUUAGUAGGAGAUAAUGCGAGUUAGAACAUGUCAUUGUGGUUUAUAUAAGUUACAAUAGCAACAAUUUCUCCACUUUAUGCCUAUUAAUUAUCAUACACUUUAAUAUUCUAAUUUUUAAAUUAAAAAUGCACAACAUACACCAACAUAUAUCUAUAUAUACUCCGUAUUUAUUCUUGCUCAAUGCACAUCUUACAUUUGGUUAUUUAUAUAAGUUAGUGGAAGACUCCAUUUUGAUUCUUCUUUCUUGGUCUUCCACCUGAACAAAUUAAAAAUACUUUCUUUAGUUGUAUUAUUAGUCUUUAGAUGACUUAAUUAAUUAAUAAAGGAAAUUAAAGUUAUUUCCUUUUUCCUUAAAAUAUGUUUGAAUGGAAAAUUCUCAAAAAUAUAGAUUUUAAAAUCAGAAAGAGCAAGAGACCUCUUUGCUAUUUAAAGUCUCAAAACCACAUCAUUGCUAGUCAUAUCCAUAUUUCUACCAAUUUAUGCAAUUAUGGAGAAAUCUUUCACCUCUUUUCUCUUGUUGCUCCAGUACUAUAUUAUAAGUAGUUCAGCCAUGACCCAAUUUAACAUCUCCACUGAUCAAUUAGCUCUUCUUUCCCUGAAAUCUCAAAUCAUUUCGGACCACUUUCACUUCUUGGAUGAAAGUUGGUCUCCGUCUACGUCUGUUUGUCAUUGGGUCGGAGUCACUUGUGGCUCUCGUCACCAACGAGUGAAGUCCUUGAAUCUUUCUAAUAUGGCUCUUACAGGCAGAAUUCCACAAGAUUUUGGAAACCUCUCAUUUCUUGCUUCUCUUGACUUGGGAAGGAACAACUUCCAUGGAAAUUUGCCUCAAGAAAUGACACGCUUGCGUCGGCUUAAGUUUCUUGAUUUAAGUUUCAACAACUUUAUAGGGGAGGUUCCUUCUUGGUUUGGGUUCUUACACGAACUUCAAUUUCUAAGCCUUAAGAAUAAUAGUUUUACCGGCCCCCUUCCCUCAUCAUUUUUUAACAUUUCAAAGCUUGAAAUGUUGAAUUUGGCAUUCAAUUCCGUAGAAGGUCAUAUCCCUGUGUCUCUCUCGAAUGCCUCAAGGUUGGAGAGGUUAGAAUUAUCUGGCAAUUUACUUCAAGGAAGCAUUCCAAACGAAAUCGGCAAUCUUCACAACCUGAACUGGUUGGCCAUACAAUAUAAUCAACUUACGGGUUCUAUACCAUUAACAGUUUUCAAUAUUUCUAGAAUCGAAGUCAUUUCAUUUACUGGCAAUAGCUUAUCAGGAAGUCUUCCCAAUGGUUUAUGCAAUGGUCUUCCAAAUCUCAAAGGUCUUUAUCUAUCAACAAACAAGCUUGAUGGUCAUAUUCCCACGAGCUUGUCAAAUUGUUCACAACUUCAACUACUAGGUUUAUCGGAAAAUGAGUUUGAUGGACCAAUACAUAGUGAACUUGGAAGAUUGAGUAACUUGCAGCAACUGUAUCUCGGAAUUAACCAUUUCACAGGAAUAAUUCCACAAGAAAUUGGAAAUCUUGUUAAUUUGAUGGAGUUGUGGAUGGAGGUAAACCAGUUAACCAGCUCAGUCCCAAUCUCCGUAUUCAACAUCUCGGUUUUGCAAGUUUUGUCACUGGCGAGGAACAAUCUUAAUGGAUUCUUACCACUAGAGAUUGGCAACUUAACCAAGAUGCAAUUUUUAUAUCUUGAACAAAAUAGGUUUUCCGGAGAAAUACCCAAAGAGAUGAGCAAUCUCAUUGAGUUGGAGGAAAUUCUGCUUGAUCUUAAUGAUAUUAGUGGUCCACUUACAAUGGAGAUCUUCAACAUAUCAGGGCUAAGAAUAGUUGAUCUUUCAUUCAACAAUCUAUCAGGAAGCCUCCCAUCAAACUUAGGUUCGCUCUUACCCAACAUUGAAGAGAUUUAUAUGUCAUUCGACAAUCUUGUUGGAACGAUUCCUCAUUCUAUCUCCAAUUGUUCAGAACUUACUAUUCUAGAUCUUUCUUACAACAAACUCACUGGCUUGAUUCCUAGCUCUCUUGGAUAUUUGACUCAUCUACGGUUCCUAAACAUGAAAGAAAACAAUUUAACCAGCGACUCUUCGUUAAGCUUCCUUACUUCCUUACCCAAUUGCAAAAAUUUAACAACUCUAUCUCUAUCUUCCAACCCUCUAAACAGCAUGCUUCCAGUCUCUGUUGGGAACUUUUCCACAUCUCUAAUAAAAUUUUAUGCCAGCAGUUGUAAAAUCAAAGGGCGAAUUCCAAAGGAAGUUGGGAACUUAAGCAGUUUAUUAGACCUUGAUCUUUCUGAGAACAGCUUGGCUGGAUCGAUUCCCACGACAAUUGGAAACUUGAGAAACAUUCAGCGCUUCAACUUGAGUAACAACAAACUUACAAGAUUUAUUGGUGAUCAUAUAUGUAAAUUGCAGCAUUUGGGUGAAAUUUACUUGGGUCAAAAUCAGCUUUCAGGAUCUCUUCCUAAUUGUUUAGGGAAUAUUACUUCCCUUAGGGAGAUACAUCUGGGUUCCAAUAAAUUGAGUUCCAAUAUACCACCAAGCAUAGGGAAUCUUCAGGAUCUAGUGGUUCUUGACUUAUCAUCAAACAACAUGGUAGGUUCUUUGCCUCCAGAAAUUGGAAAUCUAAAGGCUGUAACAGAGAUCGAUCUAUCAAUGAACCAAUUCUCAAAUAAAAUUCCUAGAGAAAUUGGAAGAUUGCAAAAUCUGGCACUCCUUUCUUUGAGACACAACAAGUUUCAAGGAUCUAUACCUGACUCAAUGAGCAACAUGGUAGGUUUAGAAUUCCUAGACCUUUCUCACAAUAAUUUAUCGGGAAUGAUUCCCAUGUUUCUGGAGAAACUUCAAUACCUCAAGUAUUUCAAUGUUUCAGACAACCAAUUGUAUGGUGAAAUACCCUCGGGGGGUCCUUUCAAGAACCUCUCGAGUCAAUUUUUCAUUGACAAUGAAGCAUUGUGUGGUUCUUCAAGAUUUAGUGUCCCAUCAUGCCCAUCUUCAUCAAAGCACAAAUCAAACAGGAAAAUAUUGCUACUUCUAUAUCUUUUUCUAGGACUUGCAAUUUUAUUUGUUCCUGUCAUAUUUGUGUUUGUAUGGAUAAGGUAUAGAAGAGGUAAAAGAGCUCCUCAACAAUCAGAUUCAUUGGCUACAAAGAAACGAAUUUCAUACUAUGAACUGCUCCAAGCAACGGAUGGUCUUAGUGAGAGUAAUUUGAUUGGUUCUGGAAGUUUUGGCUCUGUUUACAAAGGCAUACUCAAAAGUGGAACUGCCAUUGCAGUUAAAGUGUUCAACCUGCAACUGGAUGCGGCAUUCAAGAGUUUUGAUACGGAAUGUGAAGUUUUGUGCCGACUUCGCCAUAGGAAUCUCGUUAAAGUCAUUACUAGUUGUUCCAAUCUUGAUUUCAAGGCUUUAGUGCUCGAGUAUAUGCCUAAUGGAAGUCUUGAGAAGUAUUUGUAUUCGCACAACUACUUCCUUGACACCAAGCAGAGACUAAGCAUAAUGAUAGAUGUGGCAUGUGCUUUGGAAUAUCUUCACCAUGGGUACUCGUCGCCUGUGAUCCACUGUGAUCUGAAGCCUAGUAACAUCUUGCUGGAUGAGGAUAUGGUUGCCCACCUCAGCGACUUUGGCAUUUCAAAACUGCUUGGUGAAGAUCAGAGUGAUUUGUACACUAAAACCUUAGCAACACUAGGUUAUAUUGCACCGGAGUAUGGACUGGAUGGACUAGUGUCAACAAAGUGUGACGUAUACAGUUACGGGAUCAUGUUGCUGGAAACGUUUACUAGGAGAAAGCCUAAUGACUUUAAGGGAGAUCUUAGCUUGAAACAAUGGGUGAGUUAUUCACUCCCAAAGGCAGUAAUGGACGUCGUAGAUGCGAACUUGGUAACGCCAAUGGGUAAAGGCUUACAGAAGGAGCUAGAUGUUGUGGCAUCAAUCAUGAAAGUAGCAUUAGAUUGUUGUGCUGAAUCUCCGGCAAGAAGGACAAACAUUAAAGAUGUUGUAGGGAUGCUGCAGAAGAUUAAGAUUCAACUUCUUGCAAGUUGAACAUUUUUAUAAUGGUUCUCUUUUCUCUUUUAGCACUUGAUUUGUGCAUAAGGGUGGAACUUGAUAAUCUUGAAACAGAAGCACUGAUAUUGCUAGUUAGCUCAGUGCUUCUGCCCUUUGUUUAAUCCUACACUGUAUCCCCAAAAGCCACCCCCUUCGCGGUAGCCUUUCUACCUCACCAGGUAGUGGUAAGGUUUGCAUAUACUCUACCUUCCCAGACAUCACUUGUGAGAUUUUACUGGGUAUGUUGUUGUAUAGUUAGUUGAACUAAUCUGUGUUUGUACCCAAGAUCUCUUAUUACCAGUUUCAAAUUCCUACCUA